AUGAGCCAGCCGCCCGUCCGUCGCUCCAGCCUAGGCAUGUUGCUCCGACGCAGUAAAUCCGGUGACCUGGGGAAGGGCGGUAAGAAAGCCCAAGCCCUGAGGGAGCAGGAACUCGAACGCCAGCGCCAGCAGGCCGCCAUCUCCAGGAAUCCCCCCAAGCUGCCCGACUUCUACAACGCCCACGACCAGCUUCCUCUCUCCAACUCCAUCCCCUCCGACCUGCGCACCGACGCCGGCUCUGUCUACUCUGACGAUCACCGCGGUGGCGGCAUGUACACCACCUCUCGUCCCUCUAUGGAGCCCGCCUACAGCGUCGGCAGCGCUCCCCCCGUCCCCCCCAUCCCCAGCAACGCCUACGACCCCUAUGCUCGCACCGAGAGCAUGACCCAUCGUGGCCGCUACAGCUAUGCCAGCAGUGCUAUCAGCACCAUCAACAGCCCUAGGCGGGUCAGGAGACGCAAGGAUCCCACUCCCUUCAACAUCCUCAUCAUCGGCACACGUGGCGCCGGCAAGACCUCCUUCCUCGAGUUUCUGAAGACCAGUCUAGCCCUCCCUCCGAAGAAACGAUCCCGCCGCGGCGAGAUCGAGGAAGAAGCACCUCGAGUGGCUGCGUCUGGCAACUUUAUCCCCCAUUAUCUCGAGACUGAAAUCGAAGGCGAGCGUGUCGGCCUUACACUUUGGGACUCGGAGGGUCUGGAAAAGAAUGUUGUCGAUCUCCAGCUCCGCGAGAUGUCGGCGUUCUUGGAAAGCCGGUUCGAGGAAACCUUUGCCGAGGAGAUGAAGGUUGUGCGAUCGCCUGGCGUUCAGGAUACCCACAUUCACGCUGCCUUUAUGCCAAUGGUCACGGCGGCAAGCCGCUUUCUCAACCGCGUGUCCGGCGGCCUCGACGAGGAUCUCGAUCUCCAAGUCCUACGUACCCUGCAGGGCAAGACGACGGUCAUUCCCGUUGUCUCCAAAGCCGACACCAUCACGACGAAGCAUAUGCAAGUUCUGAAGAAGGCUGUCUGGGAAAGCCUGAAGAAAGCUAACCUGGACCCCCUGGAGGCUCUCGGCAUGGGCGACGACGAUGACGACUCUUCGGACCGUAUCGAAGAGGCCGACGAGGACGCGCUCGAGGAUGAUUCCGACCAGUCUCCCGAAGACGAUGAUCUGCCAAUCCAAGGCGGUGACGAGUUGGUCCGGUCCGUGCCAUCUUCGCCAUCGGCCAAGAGACUGUCCGGCCAAUCCAUCCGCCGCCACAAAGCCAAGGAGGAGGAGAAGCAAGAGAAGGACGAAACUCCGUUCCUGCCUCUUUCCAUCAUCAGCCCAGAUCUGUAUGAGCCUGAAAUUGCCGGACGGCAGUUUCCGUGGGGGUUUGCCGACCCUUAUGACGAGCAGCACUGCGACUUUAACAAGCUCAAAGAAGCCGUCUUCACCGAAUGGCGGGCGGAGCUUCGCGAGGCCAGCCGCGAGCAGUGGUAUGAGGGCUGGAGGACAUCCCGCCUCAAGAGCAGGGACCCGGCGAACCGCCGACGAUAG